UUUAAUUAUGAUUCGCUUCAUGCUCAUUUGUGCAUUAGUAUUUAUUUACUCUUAUCCUUUGGUUUGGUUAAGCUAAGGUUCUAUGAUUUUAUGUAUAAUAGUUUUUCCUUUAUCCUAUUUUGACUUUCCUCUCUGCUUCCUGUGUAACUUGCUUCUUCCAACAACAAGGUAUUGGAGGUGAAUACAUUGCAUUCUGCUACUUGCCGUGUAUGCAAAAUAGGAGAGUGCUUUUUCAUUAUUUAUUUUCUUAUUAUUUGUUUUGCAGAAUAUUUGUAAAAAAUAAAAGGAACUUGCAACUUCCCUUUCUUUCAGUUUCCCAUCUCGUACUUCCUCCAUUCUCACCUGUGUUUCAAUUAUAACAUUUGAUUCAUUCUUGUACCUGUUUGCCUGAAGUGAGUGUUGCAUUUGCUCUUUGUUCAUCUCAAAACAACAUGCGGCUAAGCUUUUUUCUCCUGUUCUUUUUGUGUAAGAGAAAAGUGAAAUCCGCAACUACAUGGCCUACAACCUAUGUUUCUUCAACGAACAUUUCUAAAACUACAGCUGGAGAAGAAAAGCUAUCUCCUCUGCAGCUGGUGGCCACACCAGACUACCCAGUUGCAGCAGGUCAGAAAGUCGACCUGCACUGCAGGGCUUUCACCAUCCCAGUGUCUUUCAUGUGGUCCUGGCAACGCAUGGAAAAUCAGACUUGGCAAGAUGUGGGAACAGAUAGGGAUAUGAUGACCCUCACCAAACCGGAGCAGAGCGGGCUUUACAGGUGCCGUGGCAAGAGUAAUUUCACUCAGAUGAGCAUGGUGAGCUCUACCCACACUGUCUAUAUCAUCUCCGUGAAUGCAACAGUCGGUGAGCAGUUGGGAAUAGCUGCCUUUGUCCUUUCUCUCCUGGCCUUGAGCAUCAACUUUGCUAUUCUUUUUUGGCUGGGCUGGCAAAGAGUUGGUGCCACACCGACCAUCAAGACUGCAGCUAAAGGUUUUCCUGGACCUGAAAAGUCAUCAAAGGGAGGUUUGCCACAGAUUGAAAAUGACGGAGAUGUGUACAUGAAUUACACCAGCCAAGCCUACUGUGAUCUGGACCCCACCACUGUUUCUGUGGAUAAUGUGUACUCAAGUCUGUCAUGAACAUUCAUGGAGACAAAAAGAGCAUUUUGUUUAGCAGCAGAUUAUCUGCAAAUAGAGCUUAGCAUUACAUUUGACCAUGUUUGAUUAAAUCUAAUUUCACAAAACAACACACAAUUAAACAAUUUGAAUGUGGUAAAACCUGCAGAUCUAUAGUUAUAGCUAGGUAAUAUGUUCCCACCAAACUUCCUUCUCUGUGUUAGUGCAUGUUAAUGAAACCUGUAGUUUGCUGUUUUCUUUUUCUUUUUUGUGUACACGGAUUGAUAGACAUAUCACAGCUUUGUCAGAAACUGACUUUUUAAUUUACUUUGGUCAUCACAAUAGAGCAAAUGAAAGACAAAUAAAAUUGUAAUUACAAAAAUUGGCUGUAUGGAGUUAAACCAGUAUUGUUUCCUUUGGAAGAUUCAAAAAUAACAUUAAACACACUUUUGAGUACCAUACAAGAUAAUGAAAAGUGUUCUACUUAAUAAAAAUGCUUCAUACAUCUGUCAUGAAACAGCAAGUAAUCUCACAGUAUAU